AUGGCGAUGGCAUACUCGAGCGAUCCUCCGAAUCAGCAGGUGGGCGAGCUAGCUCAACUCAUAAGGGCAGGAGUGAACAGGGUCGACCACAAGUUUCUUAAAGCACUAUCCAGCGACGAUGGGUUCGAAGCCAUGGUCGAGAUGCUAAAUCAGUUGAGUGAGGUCAGCCAGCCUCAGAUGCUGUGCGGGUCUAGUUGGCUAAGGUUUUGCUUUGACGAAGUCGAUUUUGGGUGGGGGAAGCCGGCAUGGACCGGUGUCCUUGGGGAGGCUAGCGCCGACUACCCUUCAUACAGCAACUUAAUCAUUCUGAAGGAGCACUUGGCGCACCGCCAAGAUGCCGCCGGCGUAGAGGCUUGGAUCAGGUUGGAUGUGGAUGUGAUGGCUACUCUUGAACAUGAUCCUCACUUCUUGCAAUUUGCUUCCCCCAAUCCUCCUAUCUUUUGCUCCUCAUCAUGA